AUGGAGACUGAGGAAGGAGACACUAUUGAUUGUGUCGAUAUCGACAAACAACCGGCGCUGGAUCAUCAUUUAUUUAAGAAUCAUAAAGUUCAAGGAAAUAGUUGGCGCGAUGGUUGCUGCUACACAUUCUGCCAAGGUUUUGUACAAGUGGAUAGAAUAAUAACUCCCAAUUAUCCAAUUAAACCAGUUUCUACCCAUGGUGGACCCAUAUAUGAACUCAAAGUCGAAGUCUCCCAGGUGAUUUCAGUUCUCCUACAUGAUCAACAGACUCGACUUAUCUCAAUAAACGAGAACCUGGAGGACAGCACGUUCACCGCGGCAUGGGGAGGGAUCGCUCAAGAAAGCGCGGACGGGUAUUGCCCGCCCAUGGGCAGCGGGGUGUUGCCGGAUGCGGAUUACCGGAAAGCAGCUUAUUUCAGAGAUGUCCGGUGGAUGAAUGCACGUGGAGAGAUUUUUCCUCCUCGUGAAGUGAUGCCCGUGGUGGUGGACGUGACACCCAGUUGUUAUGGUCCGCUGGAUCUGCAUCUUAGGCCGGAUCCAUGGGGUUAUUAUUUCUCCUAUGGAGGCCCAGGAGGAUACUGCAGAGCAUGA